AUGCACUUUUUUCGAGCGAUGCGCCGGCCACGCCGCACCGCGCCGCUCCUUCCACUGGCGCUGCUGCUGCUGCUGCUGCUGUGCGUCGCCGCUGGGUGCCUCGCCGAGGCUCCCGCCAAAGUUGCGCAGGAGGGAGAUGCAUCGCAGGACGGGGUCACAAGUGGCACUCCAAAAGACCCAAGCAGUGAAGAUAAUCAGCUGAGUGCUGGCAGCGGCGCGGGGACGGAGAAGGGGCCGGAAGAGGCAGGCACCGCUAAGGCACCGGAAAGCCCAGAUCUCAGCGGGACCGAUGGGCAGGAGCCGGCACUGCCGCCAGCGCCGGCGCCACAAGCAGACAACAAGGCAGUGCUGCCGACAGCAGGUGCAGAAUCAGAGGAAACCAGACGAGGUGUGGACGCAGGCAGCCUUUCAACGAAGGCAAAAGACGCCGUUGAGGGAAAAGGCCCAGGUCAAGAAAACAGCCAAGGAGGUCAAGUUCAAGUGGCCAAGGAAGAAGAACAGCAUGAUCGACAAGAAGGCGAGGAAGAACCAGAAGAGGAUGAGGAAGACGCAGGAGAGGAGGAGGAGGUAAUCCCAUCAACAACGCCAGCAGUCGCAGAAGAAGGAGGAAUUCCCGAGGCCACGCCUCUUCCGUCUCCCUCCGUCGGCGUCCCCGCGGCUGGAGAUCCGACUGCACAGACCAGUGGGGGCGGUGCUGGCACAGGCAGCAUGCAACCCGAUGUUGCUGGUGCACCGAAAGGCAGUGCGGGGGAAGCAGCGGCGCAGGCCACCGCCAACAACACAAAUCGGAACACCGCCACUGCGACUGACAGUAAACAGGGGAGUGGAGUUGCUGGGGUUUCUCCCACGCCCGGCGAUUCUGCGCGCGUGAGGGAGCCGCAGGGGACAAGGGCGGAGAGUGCGCCACCGCGACCAGCAGGCGAGCCCCAAACGCCCCAGAGGCGCCACGGGCAACGAAAGCACCGCCGGAAGCCAAAGGCAACGCGAGCGCAACCGAAACUCUGCAAACACAUGGGGAGCCGCAGUUGCCGCAGGGAGUGCGCCGGCCGACGACAGUGCGGC